AUGAGAGAGACAGUGACCCCGAAUCACACGAUGGUGACUGAGUUCAUCCUUCUGGGACUCUCCUCCAACCCACAGACACAAAUUAUCCUCUUUGCGGUCUUCCUACCCAUCUACCUGCUGACCUUGGCUGGGAACAUCCUUAUUAUGGUCACUGUUGUCUACGAUCGGCGCCUUCACACGCCAAUGUACUUCUUCCUCACCAACCUCUCUUUGAUUGAUGUGUGCCAUGCCUCGGUCACUGUGCCCAAGAUGCUGUUCGACUUCCUAUUGAAAGAGAAGACCAUCUCCUUUGGGGGUUGCGUGGCACAGAUGAUAUUUCUCCACCUCUUUGCCUGCACAGAGAUCUUCCUCCUCACCGUCAUGGCCUACGACCGCUACGUGGCCAUCUGUAAACCAAUGCACUACCUCACCAUCAUGAACCACAAGGUCUGCGUGCUGCUGGCCGGUGCUGCGUGGCUCGGAGGGACCGUGCACUCCUUAUCUCUGACAGGCAUGACCAUCAAUCUGCCGUAUUGUGGGCCCCGGGAGAUAGACAACUUCUUCUGCGAUGUGCCACUGUUCAUCAGGCUGGCCUGCACUGACACCUACAUCAUCGAAGUGCUCAUCAUCUCCAACUCAGGGCUCAUCUCCGUGGUCUGCUUCAUGGUGCUGGUGGGUUCUUACGGUGUCAUUCUAGUCUCCUUGAGAAACCGCUUCUCCAAGGGGAGGCACAAAGCCCUUUCCACCUGUGCCGCCCACCUGACGGUGGUGAACUGCAUCUUCACUUACUCCCGCCCUUCCAUCAGCUUCUCUGAGGACAAGGUUUUGUCAGUGUUCUUCACAGCUAUCACCCCCUUUCUCAACCCCAUCAUCUACUCCCUGAGGAACGAGGAUAUAAAACAGGCGCUCAGAAAGCUCAUGGGGAGAAAGGUGGAUGCGGAAGAGAAAUAG